UAAUGUGAAGUUCAACCAACAGACCAUCAAGCUAUAAUCAUAAGAAGGUCUCUCAUCACCGCCUGAUAUCUUGACAGGAUGGGUGACAUAUCUGAGCUUGAAUUGUGUUGCCAACAGCUUGCAACUAACAAGGUUUCAGAGAGAAAGAAGCAAAUAGAGAUUUUACAAGAACUCCUGGGCAGCUCUCAUCUGACCCAGCAGUUGGACAUGAAUAGCAGCAGUUCUGCCGAAUCCAGAGUGUUUACCUGGGACUGUGUCUUCAGAUCUGUUGCAGGAUUAGUGGUCAAGGAGGCAGAACUGAUGGAGCAGGCAGAGAACAAGGGAGGCAAGCUACCCACGUCAACAUCUCUGAAUUUAAGAGAGCGCAAGAAACGAGAUUGCAUGAGACUGCUGAAAUCCGUCAUCCGACUUGCGAACAAACGUGCGCUACACCUGUCUACGAGUGCGCUGAUGUGGCACAUUGUCGACAUGCUGGAGAACGACUUCACACAUCAGAUAUUUGGCACCGACUACGGGAGCGUGCUCAUGAAGGAAGUGCUGCCCAACAGAAAGCUAUGCUGCGACGUGACGUCGAAAAUUUGGAAUCGGCUGCUGCAUGUCUACGUCCUGGAGCUGCAGGAGUGCGAGGACGGCAAGCGACGAGUGGAUCGCGUCAGUGUCACCUCCCUCCUCUACACGAUCAUCGGCAAGGCGACCGAGCACUGCUCCGUGCACCAGGAGAUCAUUCCCGGUCUCUCUCACCCUCUGAAAAACCUCAGGCAGGAGCAAAACCAGGUCGUGGUGGAGCACUUGGUCUGCACUGCCAACAUACUUUGCCGAGCGUUGGCUGCCGACUGCAGGCACAUGAUCUGCAAGAUGGGAGAGGCCGUAUUCAAUAACAUGCUCCACUACUUUACAGUACAGACCACGCCAUUUCUCAAGGGCGAGCUCGUUGAGUUUUUUCACAUCCAGAUGGCAGCGCAUCAUCCUUGUGGUACAAAGUCUGGCGAGCCUGGUGCGCACGCUCACAAUGCGGACACAUGGGGGAGCCACCUUCGCAGACUUUACGAAUCUCUCGACAAUGAGUUGUAUAAAUACACCCAGCCAAGCAGCGACAUCGGGAAGUUGGACGAGCGGCUUGUGCAUCUGUGCGCCGGCGUCUGGCGGCACGUGCUAACGGCGUUUCCCUCCACGAUCGACGUGACGCAGUGCGAGCCGUCGUCGACGUUGAUGGCGAGCGGCAGGCAUAAGAAGCGUCGGCGCGUGGAGACGGGCUGGGACUCGAUGCGCGAGCGCCUGGCGUCUCUGGGCGCGAGCGAGCGUGCCGUGCCGUGGCUGCGGCUGCUGCACGCCAUCCUCGCGCGCCACCCCGCCGACCUGCCCGCGGCCGAGCUGCCGCCGCUGCUCGAUGCACUGCAGCAGGCUCUCACCGCGUGCAAGGGCCCAAGCGUGAGCAGCUGGCUCUUCCAAUGUCUGGCAGCGGUGGCUGGAGCGCAGGUGUCUCUUCGCUUGCAGCUGUCGGCGAAGCAGGAAGCCACGCUGGCGUUGGCGUGGAGACAGGUGUGGUUCGUCACGCUGCGCAGCGUUGCGGCGAUCCACCGCGGCGAAGGCCUCGAUCUGCUGUCCACGCUCAUGCGUCACGCGCUCGUCACGCCCGACCACAAGCUCUUCCAGUGGCUGAAGGUCAUGAAGGCCAGCAAUGUGCUCAUAGACACAGUGUUAUAUGAUCUCUAUGGUGUUCUCGCAGACAGUCCUACCGGCGUCACGCGCGCACUCACAUCGACAGCGCUCGCACCGUGGUUCAUCAGCGCGUCCACCACAUCCCGAGCCGGCCUACUCUGCGACAAAUGCCGCGGCGACGUCGCCCGGCUCGCGGGCGGUGCGCCCGGACCGCUGCGCGGCGCAGCUCGUCGCGUGGCUGCUGCCCUGCGCGGCGACUCGGACGAGCCGGCGGGCGCGGCGGACGACGCGGCGACAGCGCGAAGCUGCUGGCCGACGCCUCGUCGCGCCCUGUGCCUCGCGCGAGCGUCGGGGCUUGCGCAAGCGGCGACGCUCAACGCGCGACGCCCGGCGCCGACCCGCCGGCGACCUCAGACGAGCUGCAGAGGUGUAUCUGCGGACGACGUUCCACGGAUUCGCGGCGCGCCGGUCCGACGACGGGGGGCGCGCCGGCGCUGCGCGGUUCGACAGACCUCAGCGUCGUCGGUCGGGGAGGUGAGAAAGAAGCUGGAGCGGCAGCCUGAGGAAAGAGGCCGAUGGUUAUCAGCAGGCUGA